AGGUUUGACUUUGACCAUCAACUACCCUGCCUGAACCUGAUUCAAGUCUAACUUACGCAUCUUCUAUCCUUCCUCUAGGCACCAGUUACCACCAACGACGCAGCUACUCAACGGUGUGCCUGAGAUCAGUAGGGGAGAAAGGGAUUGGGAGAGUGGGGUUUUCACUUUUCAGCACAAAUGGCAAUGGAAAGCAGAACAAGUUUGAUCCCCUCAAGACCACAAUCUGUUUGGUUUUAUUCAUCAUCUGGCACUAUUAACAAGGUACAAGCUGGAGUAGUUGCAGUCCCACCGAGCAAGAAAUGGAUCGGACGUGUGUGUUGCAGUACUAAUAACAGCAAUAACAGCAGCAGUGAUGGCCAAGGUGUGAAGAAGAAAGGAGUGCCCAAUUCAAACUAUGUGGUUCCCCUUGACAAGUCAUUCUCACCACUGUCUUCAUCAUGCAUCACCCGCCCUCUAGUUGAGAUUCUACGAGACCUCAACAAGAGGAUCCCUGACAACAUCAUCAAAACUCAUCAUCCUAACUUCUCUUCCCCUUCUACUUUCAUCCCCUGGUACCAUGCCAACCGGAUGCUUAGUUUCUAUGCUCCAGGAUGGUGUGGAGAAGUACGUGAUGUUAUAUACUCUGAUAAUGGAACUGUCACUGUUGUUUACCGCCUCACCAUUCGAGGCUCUGAUGGAGAGGCACACCGAGAGUCAACUGGGACUGUAUCAUCCAAUGACAGUAACAUUGAUGAUCCAGUUGCUGGAGCAGAGGAAAUAGCGUUCUGCAGAGCAUGUGCUCGGUUUGGUCUCGGCUUGUAUUUGUUUCAUGAGGAAUAGACGGUAUACAUAAACUGUGAGUUGUAAGUUUGAGGAGCAUGUUGAGUUUGCUUUACUUUGAUAAAUCAUAAUAUAUUGAGAAAUUGUGUUGUACUUAAAAAACUUCUAUUCUGUCCUACUCCAGUUCCUGCAAAUAUGCAGAAUUUUCAGGUCAUCCUGUCGAUUGUGGGGAACAAAGUCAUACAUAUAUACUUCUGUGGAUA